AUGUUCAUCUUCCCGCGUGAGGGUGAUCAGCGUUCUCGUUCACGAAGCCAACCGAGUAGCUCAUGGGAAGGAGCAUGUGAGGGAGAAGGACCAAACUUCGUCUCUUCGAACGGAGCCCAGGUUUCCUUUUUGAUACUAUGUAACACCUCCUCAUCAACAUACGUUUCCCGAAGAACCAUUCAUUUCAUGAAAAACCUGCGCUUGUUAGCAGCUGAAUCACUCUCUCCUCUCGUAGUGGGCCUCUUUUCUUUCCCCCGCUGGCAUGAGGAAAGGGUCCAUUCCACUAGCUCUUAUUGUGAAAAUAAAAUUUUUGGUGCGCUUUCCCUUUGA